AUUUCUCUGAACCGGAGGGGUUUCUUGACCUUCCAGGUCCAGGAUAAUAUCUGGGACGAACCGGACACAGGGUGGGGCAUAGCAGCGGUUUGUUGUUGUUGUUGUGCCCGUGUCCCUGCUGUCCUCUGCGACCAGAGGAAGACUGCAAGUCACGCUUUUACCCCGGGUCAUGCCCAACACACAGUUUGAAACGCACACCCGCUUCCUCGUGACUUUUACACCCCGUGUUCCCCAAAGUGUCACCACAGCAGCUCCGUCUCAGCCUCUUCCCUUUUCCACUGUCUUUGUCUGCAGCUUUGUCUGCGUGUUGCUAGUGAGUGACUUGACAAAAGAAAAUGCGUUGAUUGUGUGACAGAUGGGCUUUUGUGUGAAAAUCUACGACUCGCCACCGACAUGACCUCCAGCGUCACACGUAGAGCAGUGCGUACGGGUGGGAGUUGUCUGGUGAAACGCAUUGUUGUGUUGGGGGAUGAUCCGUCCGUAGUAUCGCUGCUGUUUCUGCUGCUGCUGCUGUUUCUGCUGUUUGCUCCUGGUCGACUGUGGCUAACGAGAGGCUCCAGUUUAUGAAUGGGCCCGCAGAGCUAAUAGUUGCCCUCUCUGUAGAACUUGCUAUCGGAACCCGGCGGGCACCAGGCGGGCUUCUUCCUCUUUUGUUAACAGAUGAAAAAGACCCCGCUCUCGCCCGUUGGAUGAGAACAUUGUGCACGGAUUUGGAGCCGCCGAGCAGGCCGUGUCGCCAUUGCUCUGUGAGGCUGCUGGCUAGCUGCCGUCUUCUUCAACUAGCAAAGCUGUUCGUGAAUCCGAGCAACACGGAGUGUCAAGAUGAAGAAGAAAGCUCGGCAGCACCGGGUCGCGGUGCCGCAGAGGCCGCCGUCUCCCAUCAAGCCCUCUCCCAACAAGCAGAUCUUGACUUACGCCCAGGCGCAGCGAAUGGUCGAGUUCGACCUCGACGGCCGCAUCCAUCGGCUCAGCAUAUAUGACAAGCUGGACGUGAUCUCGGACGACGACCCCACGGUGCAGGAGAUGAUGGAGUGCACCAGCAAUAAGGAGAACGCUGAGAAACCACAGCAGCAGGUUCUCUUGAGGUCGGUUAGACUGAAAAACAACCAGGAGAAGAGAAACGCUGCCCUGGGCAUCACUGGCCACGGAGAGAGUGGUGGACAUCAUGCCGGCGUCGCUGCCGGUCCAAAGCUUCCAGAGCCUAAAUUCCGCACUGUGGAAUAUAACCUUCCAGCAGUUCCUAAACGCCCAGCUGCCUUUUAUAAAUUCACGGAGAAGACGGAGGAAGAGUUAGACGAGGAAACGGAGUAUGACAUGGAUGAAGAAGAUUACGCCUGGCUGGAAUUAGUCAAUGAGAAAAGGCGAAGCGAGGGGGUCAGUCAGGUCUCUCACAACGUCUUCGAGUUCCUUAUCGACCGAUUCGAGAAGGAGCUGCACCUGGAGAGCCUGGAUAAAGGGAGCGAAAAGCACGCCGCCAUCGACGAGGACGCCGUCUGCUGCAUCUGCAUGGACGGAGAGUGCCACAACAGCAACGCCAUCCUGUUCUGCGACAUGUGCAACGUGGCCGUGCACCAAGAGUGUUACGGCGUGCCCUACAUUCCAGAGGGGCAGUGGCACUGCAGACACUGCCUCCAGUCACCGACCCGGCCCGCCGGCUGCAUCCUUUGUCCCAACAAGGGCGGGGCGCUGAAAAGGACGGACGACGACCGCUGGGGCCACGUGGUGUGCGCCCUCUGGGUCCCAGAGGUCGGCUUUUCCAACACCACCUUCAUCGAGCCCAUCGACGGGGUCAGCCACAUUCCUCCAGCCCGCUGGAAGCUCACCUGCUACCUCUGCAAGGAGAAGGGCGUCGGGGCGUGCAUCCAGUGCCACAAAGCCAACUGCUACACCGCCUUCCAUGUCAGCUGCGCCCAGAAGGCCGGCCUCUUCAUGAAGAUGGAGCCCAUCAAGGAGGUAACAGACACGGGGGAGCCCACCUUCUCCGUGAAAAAGACUGCCUACUGCGGAGCGCACAUGCCCAACGGGUGUGUGAGGAAGCCUCUCACCAUCUACGAUGAUGCCAAACCCAAAAACGGACUGUGUAAUAACUCAGACAAGGGGAGAGGACAGUCGAGAGGAAAGCAGAAAAGGAAGUGUAAGAGCAAGAAGCCCGAGCCUGAGGUUGAAACCGAAGCUACGGUCUCUGUUACUGUGCCUACCUUUCCCGCUCACAGGUUACAGACCAUUCUGAACCAGGUGUCGGUGCAGAAGAAGAAGGCCUUCGUGGAGCUGGUCCUAAAUUACUGGACGCUGAAAAGGCAGUCGAGGAACGGGCUGCCCCUCAUCAGACGUCUUCAGACAAGCCUGCAGUCACAGAAGAAUGCACAACCGGUUUGUUCAUCUAGGCAUAAUGACGAGGAAAGCAGGGCAUUAAAGGAACAGCUGAAGGAAUGGCACCGCCUCCGACACGACCUAGAGAGAGCCCGACUGCUGCUGGAACUAAUCCGCAAGAGAGAGAAACUCAAGAGGGAAGAGAUUAAACUACAGGAGACCCUUCUCGAGAUGCAGCUGACACCAUUUAGCAUUUUGCUCAGAACCCUAUUGGAUCAGCUGCAGGGAAAAGACCAGGCCAGGGUCUUUACCCAGCCCGUCGACAUCAGUGAGGUGCCUGACUACCUCGACCACAUCAAGCACCCGAUGGACUUCUCCACCAUGCGACAGCGCAUCGACGCCCAAAGCUAUAACAACUUCGAUCAGUUCGAGAACGACUUCAACCUCAUUGUUGAUAACUGUAUGAAAUAUAACUCGAAGGACACUUAUUUCUACCGAGCCGCCGUCCGACUCAGAGACCAGGGGGGCGCCUUGCUCAGAAAGGCCCGACGGGACGUGGAGAAAAUCGGCUUCGACACGGAGAGCGGCAUGCACUUGACAGAGGCUCCUGAAAUCAAAGCACAGCCAGCGUUUUCUUGGGAAGAUGUGGACCGUUUACUGGUGCCGGCCAACCGAGAGCAUCUGUCUCUGGACAAGCAGCUGCAGCAGCUGCUGGACAAGUUCGACCUGACCUGCGCCAUGAAGUCCAGCCCCUCUCGCAGCAAGCGCCUCAAGCUGCUCAAAAAGACCAUCAACGACGUGCGCAGCGAAAUGAGCCUGAAGAGAGUCCUGCCCUCCCACCACCACUGCUCCUCCUUCACAUCCCCAUCGACAUCAUCUCCGUCGACGUUAUCCUCGUCGGCCCCCUCCCUCCCAGACCUGGCCAAAGAAGACGCUCUGAAGCCCAAUGGGAUUUUCACAGACGACGAGGGAGACAAGUCUCUUCCUCCCAAGCUGGAGCCCUCAGACGCCAUGCCCCCCCUCAUCCGCUCGGACGCCGACUCCGAGCCCCCCACCCUCAAGCCGAUCGACGCCGCCCCAGACCGCGAAGACAAGACCCGCGGCAAGCGAGUCAAGCUGGACGGAGACAUACCGGACCUCCUCUCCUCGGCGCCGCGCCUCAACGGCCACUCCCGCGGCGGCCUCCAGAGCGCCUUGCUGGACGGGGACGUGAGCGUGGUGGCCACGUCGACCCUCGCCGAGCCCACGGGGGGGGCCGUCGGCCGCCGGACCGACGUCCUCUUCCGCAAGUCGAAGGCCGCCGGCCAGCACAAGCCCCCCAGGAGCGGGGACGGGGUCGCGAACGCGACGGGCCGAAAAGAAGGCGGGGAGGAGCAGGAGGAGGAGGAGGAGGAGGAGGGGGAGGAGGAGGUGGAAGAUGAAGACUCGCAGCUGGGCUCCAAGUCCUUCCUGUCGGUGGUUAUACCCCGGCUGGAGACGCUGCUUCACGGCAAAAAGAGGAAGCGCAGCGGCAGCAGAGAGAGCGAGGGGGAGGGAGGAGACAGAGAGCCGGAGGAAGAGGGCGAGUCUCCUGUUAAAAGACUCGACACUGGCCUGUCAAGUGGUUUUCUGGAGGCGGAGGAGGAGAAGGAGCUCGAAAAAACCAGUAGAACCAGUAGACCCAUGGAGUCGCGAAGACGCUGCGCCUCCGAGUCUUCCAUCUCAUCCUGUAGCAGCCUGCCGGGAAGCACCAGCACCGUUCUCAGUCUUCCAAAAUGUGGUAAGGGGAAACCCGCCUUGGUCCGGAGAAACACUGUGGACGAUAAGAGCGAGUUAAUCGCCUGCAUCGAAACUGGGAAUUUUGCGAAAGCUGCACGAAUCGCUGCCGAGGUUGGCAACAGCAAUAUUUGGAUGCCCGCUAGUGCUGCAACAGUUGCAUUGGAACCCCUAAAGCUAGUUUGGGCCAAAUGUAGUGGAUACCCUUCCUACCCUGCCUUGAUCAUCGACCCCCACAUGCCGCGUGUGGGCUGCCAGCACAACGGGGUGUCCAUCCCCAUGCCCCCCAUGGACGUGCUCCGCAUCGGGGAGCAGAUGCAGUACAAAGCCGAAGGGAAACUCUACCUCGUCCUCUUCUUCGACAACAAGCGCAGCUGGCAGUGGCUUCCUAGGUCCAAGAUGGUUCCACUGGGGAUGGACAAAACCAUAGACAAGAUCAAAAUGAUGGAGGGACGCACGUCCAGCGUGCGCAAGGCUGUCCAGAUCGCCUUCAGCCGCGCCAUGAACCACCUGAGCAUAGUGCAGGACGAGCCAGUCAGCGACCUCAGUGACGGGGAGUGACGAAGACGCCCUCACACUAACCCGUACCUCUCCUGUAACCAAAUAGCUUCCAGCGCCCCACACUCCCUCCUUUCCCCCCCUUUCCCCGCCAUCCCGGCCGCCCUCCAUCCCCCCUUCCGCCUCUGCAGGAGACUGGAAAUGUUUACCGGGCACCUGCUGUAACAGGUGGUGUCUCUUCCUCAUCCAUUCCUGCUCGUACACACUCCUACCAUGUGCCGAUGGGAUACGGCUGCUGCUCAAAUGAAUGUGUCUAUCUGUCCUCUCCACCUCCAGGCUUGUAACUGUGCGCAGAGACUGCUCUGUUAUUUUGUCACCCCCCCCCCCUUUCUCCAUCAUGACUGCCGUUCAUUUUAAGGUUAAAAAAAAACAAAAAAAAGUGGUUGAUUUGAUACUUUUUGAUAAACUGUUACCAGACGUUCAGAAGUAGCUGGCGAAACAGCUAAAGCGAACAAAAAUAAUACAUUUCCCGCGUGCAUCAUGUCGAGGUCGCGUUUCCGUACAGCUCCAUUUCCUUUGUAUUUAUACUGUAAAUAAUCUGUACAGCUGCCUGACACUAACUUAUUUUGUAGUUUUGACAUAAAUGGGUACUGUACAGGUGUUUUCUUAGUAUUUAUACUUGACACAUUCUCGGCACCACGGUGUGAGUGCCGCUUUGCUGUAUGAUCGAGAAGAAUUUCAAACAAAGAAUAAGUGCAAAAGCCUUAGUAUUAAGAAGAUUAGGGCUAAAAUGUUUCUGAAAAGUGAAUGAAAGUAUUCCCGUUUUUUAAGUUAUUGAAGUUUAUACUGUAAGCUUCCAUUUGGCAUUAAUCCUUUUUGUAUUAAAAAUAGUUUUAGUCUAUUUUUGUUCAUAUAUAUUUAUAUGGUUUGAAUAUGCGGCAUACAGUAUGUAAGGAGCUCAUUCAGACCGUCUGAUGUUGUGGACACCGAACGUAUACUGUUCUCAAGAAACCAAAAAUGUUGCUACCCAGAUAUUUUCUUUUUUUCUUUUUCUGAUGAAUUUAUUUCCUUUUCUUCUGUGUGAUGUGUGAAACUCUUGCCAAAAAAAAGAAAAGGAAAAAAAGACGUAUUUUUAUGUGAUACGUUUGACUGUUACUUGUUUUUUUUGUUGUUUUUUUUGCUGUAGUCUUAGGGAGACGUGCCUGCGUUAACUUAUUGUAAAGUAUUUGCAUUACUUUAUAUAUAUAUACAUAUAUAUAUCGAAGGAGGUGCAAACUGAUUGUGGUAAAGUGGCACAUUUUGUGGUGGAUACUUGCCUUCUUUUUAAGUAACCUUUUCUAACUUUUUUUUGUAGUUGUAGACUUCAAGACAUUUCAUUUUAUACUGUUUUCUGGGUAGCAUUGGGUAGUUUUGGUAUAUUUCAUUUUGUACUUAACUGUAGUAGUUUUUUUAAUCGGUUCAUACAAAAUAUUGCUGGGACUGUUUUUUUGUAGCAAAGGAAAAAUAAAAGAUACAAAUAUGAA